GCCUGGUGCCCGCUGUUCAGCCUGAUGCCCUGAUGCCUGAUGACCCAGUGUAUGCUACCCAGCCUGAUGAUCCUAUCAAGCCUGAUGAUCUGCCUGAUGACCCGGUGCCCACUGUCCCGGCUGAUGACCCGGUGCCUGCUGCCCUGCCUGAUGGCCCGGUGCCUGCUGCCCUGCCUGAUGGCCCGGUGCCCUCUGCUCCGCCUGAUGUGCCUCUGCUUGCUGCCCAGCCUAAGUUGCCUCUGUCCGCUGCCCAGCCUGAGGUGCCUCUGUCCGCUGCCCAGCCUGACGUGCCAGCUCCUGAUGCCCAGCCUGCUUCUGGAAAUCCUGUGUCCAGCAACCUGCCUUCCUGUGGUCUCCUUCUAAAAGAUAGGCCUAUCAGCAGGCGACCCAGACAGUCACUUGAUUCCGGCAGUGGGAUGUUCAGCCAGUUACCGGACCCAGGUGGUGGAACAUUGGGAACAAUAUGGACUGUUUUGAGCAUCCUGAGGACGCUCCUUGAGGGGGGG